UGUUCUCCAUAUUCGUCCGGACUCGGCACCGGACCCACCCCUCCCCUGAAGGGUCUCCCCCACCGCCUGGCGCGGCAGGCCACCAUGGGAACGGACGGGGAAGGCGGCAGAGCAGGGCAGAGUGCGGGCGCGGCGGCCGCCCGGGAGGAGGGCGGCGGGAAGGAGGGGAAGGAGGGAGCGGGCCGGCGGGACGACCCGCACAAGUGCUGCGGCUGCCGCUUCCCCCUGCUCAUCGCCGCCCUGCAACUGCUGCUGGCCAUUGCAAUCACCGUGGUGGCCUUCAUCAUGAGAAGUAUCAGCUCCUCCCUGCUGCUCAGGGACACCCCGUACUGGGUCGGCAUCAUUAUCUGCUUGGCUGCGUUGCUUGGGUUUUAUAUGUACUGCAUCACGUACGAAGUUGACGAACAGACGGCUCGGCAGUUUAUAGUAAAGCUGAUCUACUUUCUUGCUCUGCACCCUUGGCCUGAUACUUUGUAUCUCAGCCGUGGCUUUCGCUGGUUAUCAUUAUAAUCAGAUCACAAAUUCACCUGCCAGAUGAAACUCAGAACACUGCGUCUGCAAACAGGAUCCAGAGGAUCAGAUAGCUCGGACCUUUCACUACAGUGACGUGCCUGACUGCGACUCUGUCACCAGCACCAUCAAACUCUACCUGUUGCUACAGAUGGUUCUGAACUUGACCCUCGCGCUCGUCUGCCUCCUGGGCUGCUACGUGAUGUGGAAGGACAGAUACCAGGUGUUUUUUGCCGGCCUCCAUUUCCACCCCUUUAAGACCACCAGCCAACAGCAGCAGAAGGUGUGAAUAACCCACUCAGGAUGGUCUGCCACGGAAUCCUGGUGCACAAGUCUGCCACAGAUAAGAAAUUACUCCAGUAUUAAACACGUUCAAAACUAGACUUUGCUUACAAAAGAGUGUGCAAUUUUGAGAAUGUGCUACUUAUGCAAGAAAGUGUGCUUUAAGGAAGUAAAGGAGUCAUAUUUUUGCAGGCGUCUAUUAGCUUUAUGCUGGUGUUCAGGUGGGUUGUCCGUUACAGUAUUGUGCUUCCAUGCAACAACUAACAAGGAAACUGCUCUGGCUUCCACUUUGCUCUUAACACCUCAUGAGGAUUUUUUUAAAAUAAUGGAUUAAAUUGUAAGAUGUUAACUGAUGUUGGCUUUAAAUGCAAUCAGAAAGCAAAAAAGGCAGAUGCUGGACAUCUGAAAUAGAACCAGAAAAUGCUGGAAAUACUCAGAAAUCGGGGUAGCAUCUGUGGAGAGAGAAAUGGAGUGAACGUUUUUGGGGCAGUAGAACUUCUUUGGCAGAUGCUGGACAAGCGAGAAACAAGCGUGUUUUAAGUUGCAGGGACGGGCAGGGGCGGAGACCAAGGUUGUCCGGGUGACCCAAGACUGUCCUUGGGAAGUAAAGGCUAAUAGCAACUGCAGCUCACCGCCCCAGCAUAUUUCUCCUUCUCUCCUCUGUCCCCACUGACCUCCCUCUCCUUACACUCCUUCAGACAGAUCAGUUAUAACCUACGAACAUUCAUUUCCCUCGCGUCUCCUGGACAACCUCAGUUUCUACCCUGUCACAGACACGGCCUCUGUCCCCUCCCCGGAUUAAAACACCCUUGUUUUCUCCCUUUUCCAGUUCUGACGAAGGGUCUUUGACCUGAAACGCUAAACACUUGCUUCUCUCUCCACAGAUGCUGCCCGACCCGCUGAGUGGUUCCAGCAUUUUCUCUUUCUUAUUUUAGAUACGAAAUGCCUUUGGCACUGUGCAGUUAAAGGACAUGGGGAUCUUCUCAGGGAGAUCCUGAACUCCACUGGUUCCUGCAGCAUACCACAAUGCAGAGAAUGAUUUAUGUCCUAAACUUCAAAAUGGUUUUAAUUAAGGUUUUUAUUUUAUGAUUUUCAUUAUUUUCUCCCAAUUAAUGUUAAGUUUUAUUCUCUCCGCUUUGACCUCUUCCCUAUUAUUUGCCAGCAGAUCAAAAUGGGCUGGUGGUCUCCUCACCGAUGCCCUCAUUGGCAGCCCUGAUGUCCAUCCCCUGCUCCCCACCCUCACCAGCGGGGAGUGGUUGGUUCCAUUCCUUGCUGGCUGGAGUAAGGUCGGGACUCAGUGGGUAAGAGUCGUGGGUGACGCCCAGUUACACGCCAGCACUUAGUGGCACUGUUUAAAGCACCCAUACCCAUCCCAGCAUUAACAGGACUGCAUCAGAGGAACACAGUGAUGCAGUGGGUAAAACUGUUGCCUCACAGCUGCAGUGACCCGGGUUCGAACCCGACCCCCGGUGCUGUCUGCGAGGAGUUUGCACAUUCUCCCUGUGACCGUGUGGGUUCUCUCAGGUGCUCCAGGUUCCCUCUGGAACACUGGAAAGAUAGCUCAUGUGUGUCUCAGAACGGACCAAUUCAAAUCACCCUUGGUGCAAGAUCCCAUUAUAAUUUGAGAUAAGAAGAUAAACUAAUGUGAAACUGAUUUAGUAUGAGCCUUCACACGAUACCAUCUGUGCCUUUCAACUGCUGGAUCGUUUUCUGGACAAGCACUUGGACAGAUGCCUGGGAAUCUGGGAAAGAAAAGGCAUUGCGCACCCACGCACAUCAAGAUCUCAAAAUGCACAGUUCACUGUGUCUCAGAAAGUGCCCCCAAUAUAAGGAGGUGUGCAGGCAGACUUGAAUGAGCAAAAGCAAUAUGAAAUGGUUAUCUACAAUGGUUAGAAAAAGUGAAUUGGAGGUCAGAAAGAACUGUAACCACCUCCCGCGGAACGAAACCCGAGCCAUGCACGUUUAUAACCUGACUAUUUCUGUUUGUUAAUAAGGUCGAGGGAGUUAUUUCAUAGGCUGGGAGUGGCCUGGGGUGCAGAAGAGGGGGAUCACUCAGAGCAGGGACAAUGUCAAUCCCAAUUUUUUAAUAUAAAACUACGUAUUUUAACAAGGAGGAUGUUUAACUGAAACAACAAGGAACAUGUGGAAUACACAUAUCUGGUACAAAAUAAAUCCAUGCAUGCAGUUACUUUCUUCUGAAGCCCGUGGAACAGUAAGGGAACAUCUACAAAUUAAUACAAAGCCACUGUACUCUUGCAGUAACUUGGCUGUAUUGCAUUUUCAAAGGUUUUGAAACAACACUUUCUUGCUUUAACAUAUAAUCAUUGGUUUUCUGUUAGUGUAUCUGAAUUUAAAUGUUUUUUGUAUUGCAGGUUCCUUACUGUUUUCAGAUGUAUAACACAUAUUAUACAAGACAUGAUAUACUUUCAGUUUUGUUUGCAAAGCACUGCCCAAAUAUUUUGACCCUCUCGUUGGGUUGCUUGUGUGAUAUAUUAAUAGUCAAUAUCCUACCAAAAUCUGAUCUUUCUCUGGACUUUACAUGUAAACAUUAACCUCUGUUGAAGCAAUUUUCUAUACAAUCUUUGUGUUAAAAAGAUUUAUUUUCUCUCUACAAUAUUUAUAAAAAUAAUAAAGUAUCUAUAUAUGGCA